UCCUUCUCCAAUUUCCUAAACCCUAAUUACCCGCCGUUCAACAAUGGCGGAAUCCUUCCCUGUUAAGCCGAAGCUCCGCCCCACCUCCAGCAAACUCACUCCCACCCCGGAGGCCAAAUACUGGCGAUCCUUCAAAAUUCCUAAAGACAUCGAAACCACACCAUCUAAAUCCUUCACUUUCCCAAUAAAUUCCAUCGCCUUUUCGCCCACAGCCCCUCACGAUUUCGUCGCCACGCAUUCCGCCAGCGUCUCCAUCUUCUCCGGCAAAACUCUGGACCCUAAACCCCCAAUCUCCUCCUUCUCCGACACCGCCGCCGCCGUCUCCUUCCGCUGCGACGGAAAACUCCUCGCCGCCGGAGACUUGACCGGCACCGUCCACGUGUUCGAUGCAAAGUCCCGCAGCCACCUCCGCCGUCUGAAAGGCCACACCGCCGCCGUCCGGUUAGUAAAUUACCCUCGCGCCGCAGAUAAGCUCCACCUCUUUUCCGGCGGAGACGAUUCGGUAAUUAAGUAUUGGGAUGUCACAACGGAGAAAUGCGUGUUUAAUCUGCUAGGGCACAAGGAUUAUGUGCGCUGCGGCGAUGCUUCCCCGAUUAGUGAUGAAAUGUUCGUUUCCGGAUCGUACGAUCAUAGGGUUAGGGUUUGGGAUGUGCGAGUCUCGAAUUCGGGCUCUGUGUUGGAAUUGAAUCACGAGAAGCCGGUGGAGAGUGUGAUUUACCUCCCCUCCGGUGGCCUAAUUGCCACGGCCGGUGGGAAUUUCGUGAAGAUAUGGGAUGUGAUUGGUGGUGGGAAGCUGCUGUAUUCGAUGGAGAGCCAUAUCAAGACCGUUACCGCCCUCUGUAUGGGGAAUGUCGCGCGAGGGAGUGGAGAGGAAGAAGCCGAGGGGAAUAGGAUAUUGAGUGUUGCAUUGGAUGGAUAUAUGAAGGUGUUUGAUUAUGCCAAAUUGAAGAUCACUCACUCCAUGAGGUUCCCUGAGCCACUUCUCUCAGUUGGAUUUUCGCCUGAUUGCUCGACUCGUGUUAUAGGGACAUCCAAAGGGAACUUGUAUAUCGGUAGAAGGAAGGCGAAGGUGGAGAGUGAGGAGGUGGGAGUUGCUAAUUUGCAGUGGAAAAUUGUGGAUGAUGAGCCGGGCAGGAAGGUUCUAAGGCCUUCGUAUUUUAGGUACUUCCAACGAGGGCAGAACUUGAAGCCCUCGGAAGGGGAUUACUUGAUCAACAGGCCGAAGAAGGUGAAGAUGGCUGAGUUUGAUAAGCUGUUGAAGAAGUUUAGGCACAGGGAGGCGCUGGUAGCUGCUUUGAAUAAGAGAAAUCCGGAGAGUGUCGUGGCUGUGAUGGAGGAGUUGGUGGCGCGUAGGAAGUUGGUGAAAUGUGUAUCCAAUUUGGACAUGGAGGAGCUCGGGUUGCUGUUGGCGUUUCUGCAGAAGUACUCCACCAUGCCACGAUACGCAGGGCUGCUGACGAGGUUGGCGAAUAAGGUUGUCGAGUUGAGGGCGGAGGAUAUAAGAUCUUCAGAUCAACUAAGAAAUUAUAUUAGGAAUCUGAAGAGAGAUGUUGAGGAGGAGAUCAGAAUACAGCAGUCUUUGCUUGAAAUACAGGGGAUAAUUUCACCGAUGCUGAUGAUUGCUGCUAGAAGAUUAGAGCUUAUGAUUCCAAGAAUUGGACGGGAAUAGCGGAGAUCGAGAUGGAAGAGUGAGGGACUGAACCAGUGUCGGCGAGCGCGGUGCAGGAGAUGAAAGAGAGAGACCGAAUAGAAGAGGGAGAGGAGAUGAGUAGGAGACUGACGACCGUGACGGCGCCGUGGCGAGCGCUGAUGCAGUAGAUGUAAGAGAGAGACCAAAUAGAAAAGGGGGGCAGACCUGAGCCACUGGACGACGGUGAGCAGGGGCAACGUGGAGGAGAUGACGGCAUCUGCAAUUAAACUCCGCCACCUACACCCCAUUGUCGACCUAUCAUCAAGUUUAACGAUUCCACCAUCGAAAACCAUCAUUUUCGAACCUGAGCAGCUGAAAAAUCAACGAGUUCCAUCUAAUUCAGAGUAAUUAAUCGACUCGUGUUGUUUUCAUUUGAAUUAUAAAAAUAUUUGAAGGUUCUUCUCGUCUUUUUUGCAUCAAGAGAUGGUCAGUUUCUAAUUUUGGAA